UUUUGUCUGUUUGUUUAAAUUUUGGAGAGCUCUUGCGAUCCUUGGAAAAGCCUCAGACGCCAUCUACAGUUAAAACGUAGGUAACUACCCUCUCCGGCGUCCCCCCCCUUCCACGCCCCCCACCCUUUCCACCAAAAAAGGGGGUGCAGCGCGGAUUCUGUCUGCCGUGCGGCGCGAGCCGGUAGCCCCGUGCUUAUUUCCUUUUUCUUUUUGUUUGGUUUCUAACGCGUGGAGACCGAGCUGCGGCCGCGCGCGGCUCGAAGAUCACGUAAACUACAGCAGGGCUCCCCCGCCCCGUCUGCGAUUCGGAAGCCUGCGUGGGGAUCGCUUCGGGAGACCUGGCGCUGCAGCUCCCCACCUUAGCAAUCUGGUCGCUCGUCUAGAUCCGCGCUGGAAAGAAAGAAAGAGAGAGAAACUAAAAGUGCGGAGAUUCUGCAAAUCGCCGGCUGCUUUGGGGUAACAAAAGGACCCGAAUUACUGCCGACUGAGCACCCCCGGGAGCCGGGCUCGGAGCCGACAAGGUGCCUGGCGGCGCCCAUCUGGGGGCUUCCAACUCUUUUCUCCACGUAGCCCCCUUCCCGUCCCCUCCCCUCUCGUUCCGUUUUAAAAUCCGUGGCACGGAGGCGCCUGCAGCCGCGCUCGCCGGCGACUUAUCUCUCCAGCGGGUUUUUUGUUUGCCGAGCGCGAUCCCCACACUCAUGAACAUACACAGGUCUACCCCCAUCACAAUAGCAAGAUAUGGGAGAUCGCGGAACAAAACCCAGGAUUUCGAGGAGUUGUCGUCUAUAAGGUCCGCCGAACCCAGCCAGAGUUUCAGCCCGAACCUCGGCUCCCCGAGCCCGCCCGAGACUCCGAACUUGUCGCAUUGCGUUUCUUGCAUCGGGAAAUACUUAUUGUUGGAACCUCUGGAGGGAGACCACGUUUUUCGUGCCGUGCAUCUGCACAGUGCGGAGGAGCUGGUGUGCAAGGUGUUCGAUAUAAGCUGCUACCAGGAAUCCCUGGCCCCGUGCUUUUGCCUGUCUGCCCACAGCAACAUCAACCAAAUCACCGAAAUCAUCCUGGGAGAGACCAAAGCCUAUGUGUUCUUUGAGCGAAGCUAUGGGGACAUGCAUUCAUUUGUCCGCACCUGCAAGAAGCUGAGGGAGGAGGAGGCAGCCAGACUGUUCUACCAGAUCGCCUCGGCCGUGGCCCACUGCCACGAUGGGGGGCUGGUGCUGCGGGAUCUAAAGCUGCGCAAAUUCAUCUUUAAGGACGAAGAAAGGACUCGGGUCAAGCUGGAAAGCCUAGAAGAUGCCUACAUUCUGCGGGGAGAUGACGACUCCCUCUCCGACAAGCACGGCUGCCCGGCUUACGUGAGCCCAGAGAUCUUGAACACCAGUGGCAGCUACUCGGGCAAAGCAGCUGACGUGUGGAGCCUGGGCGUGAUGCUCUACACCAUGUUGGUAGGGCGGUACCCUUUCCAUGACAUUGAGCCCAGUUCCCUCUUCAGCAAGAUCCGACGUGGCCAGUUCAACAUUCCAGAGACUCUGUCGCCCAAGGCCAAGUGCCUCAUACGAAGCAUCCUGCGGCGGGAGCCCUCAGAGCGGCUGACCUCGCAGGAAAUUCUGGACCAUCCUUGGUUUUCUACAGAUUUUAGCGUCUCAAAUUCAGGAUAUGGUGCUAAGGAAGGGUCAGAUCAGCUGGUGCCGGAUGUCAACAUGGAAGAGAACUUGGACCCUUUCUUUAACUGAGCUCGUGCCCCACAGAGACUUAGCAGGUACCAGGAGCGAGAGAGGGCUGCGGAGAGUCCUUCCAGGGGACACGGAUCGCCUGGCUUGGUAGCAAGAAAGACACUGACACUCAAGUUUCUCGAUUCACAGAAGGAGAACCUUCAAGGAGCUGACUGAACAUGGAGCAUGGGCGCGAGAGACGCGGGGUGGGGGUCUGGGGUCGGGUCCGCGGGGCGGGUGCCCCAGAGCUUCUCUUCCCUGACGUAGCCCCCUGGAGAAGCCCCGGUCCGUUGGGCUGCUUCUGCCUACCCCACUUUUCAUUUGUUCCAGAAUAGUUGCAGAGCCCAACAGAAUCAAAACUCUCUGCCUCAAACACACAUCUUGGCAUCGCACUGUUAGCUUUUAACUUCUUGUCACGAUUCAGGGAAGGUACAAUGGGCCAAGGAUUUGUUUUUUUCUUUUCUUUUUCUUUUUCUUUUCUUUUUUUUUUUUUUUAAAAAACAAGACAACCACCUAUCUGAUAAUCAAUGCGGUUCAUUAAACAGCAACAACAACAAAAUUCGGUGCACACAGACUGACCAGAAACCUGGGUGCUAACCUAAAAGAAAAUAGAAGUCCAGUUGGUGUCUCUUAAUCUCUUAAUUGCUCUUUUAACUCAUUUCUUCUAAAUAAACUAUUUAAUAUCCUGGUCAGGAAAUGACAUGUUGAUGCUUUGCUCCCUGAAGGGG